CCGCGAAACCCUCACUUUCCCCCAUUACUCGCCUCUCUCUUCCCUGUGCGCGGCGGCGGCGCAUCUAGCAGAUAGCAGAGAGGCCGGCAAGAGGAAAGUUGAAGGCCACCGUCAGUACAUCUAGCAGCAGCAGCACAACUACAACCUGAGAUGGACAGAAAGACAAAGAUGUUAAUUUAUGCGGCUGCGGUGCAAUGGUUUAUCAACAUGAUAACAUUGGUUGUUCAAUCCAGAAAAAGAAAAAGGAGAGAAGCAAUUACGUAUGCCCCAAUUGAUGAGAGAGAUAGGAUGAGAAGAGAGUAUUUUGACAACAAAAUAUGGAAGAAUGACACAACCUGUGUGAACAUGCUUAGGCUUCGGAGAGAACCUUUCUUUAGGUUUUGUCAACUCUUUAGGGAUCGCAACUUGCUAAAGGACACAAUACAUUUGACUAUUGAGCAACAAGUAGCAAUGUUCUUGCACACCGUCGGGCACAACAUUAGAAACAUGGUAAUUGGCGCCAAUUUUGGUAGAUCCGGUGAAGUUGUGAGUUGUUACUUCCAAAGGGUACUCCAUGCCAUUGGCGAGCUUCGAGAUGACCUUAUUAGGAAGCCUUCAUUGGAGACCCAAACCAAAAUAGAAGGAAACUACCGGUGGGAUCCAUACUUUAAGGAUUGUAUUGGAGCUAUUGAUGGUACACAUGUGCGAGCCUCCGUUACAUUGGAUAUGGAGGCUUCCUUUCGUGGUAGAAAGACUUAUGCCACUCAAAACGUGAUGGCGGCUGUAGAUUUUGAUCUUCGAUUCACAUAUGUGUUGGCCGGGUGGGAGGGGACAGCACAUGAUGCUCUAGUUUUACGUGAUGCUUUAGAACGUGAAAAUGGUCUACGUGUCCCACAAGGGAAAUUUUAUCUAGUUGAUGCUGGAUAUGGAGCCAAACGUGGUUUUUUGCCUCCUUUUCAUGGUGUGAGGUACCACUUGAAUGAGUGGGGAAACAACCCUGUGCAAAAUGAGAGGGAGUUGUUCAACCUUAGGCAUUCUUCUCUUCGCGUGACUGUAGAACGUGCAUUUGGGUCAUUGAAGAGAAGAUUCAAGAUACUUGAUGAUGCCACUCCAUUCUUUCUCUUUCCAACACAAGUUGACAUUGUUGUGGCUUGUUGCAUUAUUCACAAUUGGGUUAUAAAUGAUGGGAUAGAUGAAUAUAUCAUACCCGAGGAUGAAUGGGUGCCAAAUAUUACUCAUGCUUCAUCAUUAAGUGGUCAAGCACAUGAACAUGCAUACAUGGCUCAUCCAGAGGACGAACAGUACCUUAACAAGACUAUUAUUCAUUAUAAGGAGAUGAUGAAUAUAGCUGGAGGGAGCAUGGCUACAGGGCAAUAUGCAAAAGACUCAAGUGACCCUCUUGCUAUAGAAGUGGUUAAUCUUGAAGAAGAGACAACCAAGAAACCCACUGCCCCACAUGAAGAGGUUGCACAAUCAACCAAUGCAGGUUCAUCUGGUCCCAAACCAAAAAAGGCCAAACCAAAUCCUUGUGCGGAAGACAGGUUGCAUGCCACCAUACUUGCUUCUAGUGAAAGAAUUGCUAUUGCCAUAGAGAAGAGUUCUAGCACCGAGAACAAUGCCAUAGAUGGUCUUUGGGAGAGCAUGAAAGUACUUUCUGGGUUCAGUUUGGAGUACCUUGCUCAUUACUAUGCAUAUUUGGUUGACAAUCCUCGUGUUGUUAUGGCAUUCAAGGUGUUGUAA